AUGAACUCCAAGAGGGACCGCGUCUCCACCCAACGACUCUCUCGCUCCAUUUCUCGCGGAAAUGGCCCUGUACCUCAUGUGUCGGACUCCCGACGUGUCCUAGAAGAUUCGUGGGUCGAAAGUAGUUUUCAGUCCGUUGACGCCACUCAUUAUGCUCUGCAAACCCUCAACAAGCACAUCGAACGAAGACUCGCCAAACUACAAGCUAAUACAGUCCGCCUGAAGCGUGAACUAUGGCUACUCCAGCGACACAUCAAAGAAUUUCGCCAUCCUCUUUUCGAGAACUGGGAAGCCGACCUACUCACACGUCUUAUUGAGGUUGCUCACGCCCAUCAGCACAAGAAGCUCCCGGGCGGCGUCGUGAUUGGAGAGUCCUCCUUUGCCGAACGAGAAUCUCUCAACCAUGCAUACAGCAUCGCGGCGAAGGGAAUCCGCAUGCCGACUCUUCGUAAGCUUGGUCUAUCGGAGAAGUAUCAUCAGGCUCUGCAGCGGUAUUCAGAGGUCGCUCCUUAUCGAAGCCCCAAUCCCUUCCAAACCGAAUUUGCAUUCGCCAAAUGGCUGGUCGAGGUGCGGGAAGAUAGACCGGAGCUGUAUUGUUUUUGGUCCAAGCUGUUCCCCGUCUGCUACGACCGCACCGUCCAAGAGAGCGCCUCCAUUUUCUAG